GAGAGCGCCGGCCUCGAAUCCUGGUUGUGCGGUCCCAAGCCCACAAGCCUCACCCUGGCCGAUCUGCCACUGGAUCUGCAUCAGCACCAUACGCAGCACACCGGCACAAGCACAGGCCAUGACCGACCCGCAGCAUGGCUAUCAAGUCAUCGUCUUUGGUCUCAAUCCCGCAUAUCAGGCGACCCUGUACUUUGAGCGAUUCCACCCGGGCAAGGUGAACCGAGCCAACAGGAAAACCAACAGCAUCGGUGGCAAAGGCCAGAACUUUGCGAUUGCCUGCAGCGAAUAUGGAUCCAAAGGCGAGAUCUGUCUCGUGCAUCCCCUUGGAGGAACAACGGGUGCCGAGGUCCAAAAGUCGAUCCAAGAGCUCGGCAUCCCCCAGCGCAUUGUUCCUGUCGCCCAGGCCACUCGAACGUGCACGACGAUCCUGGAUGCACACACUGGUGAUAUGACAGAGCUUAUCGAGCCCUCAGGCACGAUCUCUUCAGCCGAGCGAAAGGAGUUGGAGUCGGUUGUCCUGGAGAUGUUUGGGUCAGCGAGCCAGAGCCUGCGCGGGAUUGCCCUCUGUGGGAGCUUGCCGCCAGGGCUUGAUGGCGAAACGUACACCUUUAUCUGCGAACACCGACCCAAGGAGGCCGUGGUGCUUCUCGAUGCCGUCAGCAACGUCGAGUGCCUUUGGCGUGGACUGGUCGACAUACUGAAGAUCAACGCCGAGGAAGCCUACAUAUUGGCAGGAAGGCCCGAAACAAAGGCAACGCUCGAUCUCGGCAGUAUGCUCUUGGGACUAUUUUCAGUCAGGGCAGUAGCAAUCACCGAUGGGCCAAGCAAGGCUUAUCUAUUUGUGCGAGAUCCCGGAGCGGCGGAUGCUGUGCGAGGCUAUGCCUAUUCCAUACCCAACGUCCAGGCCCUGGUUCAUGCCUCCGGCCAGACGCAGGCCGAAAAGCCAGAAGAUGUGCCCAUCAACCCACUCGGCGCCGGAGAUACAUGCAGCGCCGUCUUUUUGCUCGAGUUCCUGCGAACCAAGGACUAUGUUCAGUCGUUCCGCCGGGGUCUUGCUGCUGCUUCGGCCUCAUGUCUGAUCCUCGAGCAGACGGCGCGCUUCGAGAAGCGAUGGAUGGAUGUAUGCUACGAGAACACCGAUAUCGAGCCACUCUAGGCUCCAGUAGUUCGCAAUACAGUGCACUGGCUGUGCGUGUUCAGUAGAU